GCUCAGGGCUGGCAGGGGACAUGCAGUCGCCCUCGCAGGCUGCGAAGAUGGAGGAGAAAGCAGAGGAGAAAGCGGAGGAGAAAGCGGAAGAGCCGGAGGAUGCGGCGGACGACGACGACGAAGACGACGACGAAGACGACGAGGAUUACGGGGAAGAGGAUGACGACGACGAGGACGACGACGAAGAAGGAGGAGGAGGCACCAGGGGGGCUCGGCGGAGGCGCCGCAAGUCAAUCCGUCCUGACUCCGGAUUCAAACUCGAUUCCGCCGUGUCUGGCUCCGAAGCGGGGCUUGAAACCGAAGCGGGAAGCGGGGAACAAUCCGAGCAGGAUGGCAAGAGUCCCGCCCUGAUGGGCCCUUACUUUUUAGCCUGGACUCCCGAAGAGGUGGCCGAGUGGAUCGAAGCGCUGGGAUUCCCCCAGUACAAGGAGUGUUUUACUGCAAACUUUAUCUCUGGGCGCAAACUCAUCCAUGUAAAUUGUUGUAAUCUACCACAGAUUGGGAUAACUGACUUUGAGCAUAUGAAGGAAAUUUCACGACAUAUGCGAGAAUUGCUGGAAAUAGAGGAGCCCCCCUUUGUCAGAAGCAUCUCUCUCCCCCGCAGAGAUAAUAUGGGUUUGUUUCUGGAGCAGAAAUCGCGGACUGGAAAACGAAGUGAUGCCCUUACCUAUUCUCAGUUUAUCAAAGACUCAGGAUUACGUGACUAUGAGCCAGCACCACCACAGGAUGAAAGUUCAUGGCAUGAAAGUUCACAAUAUAAAAGUUUACGGCGGAGUAGCUCACGGCGGAGUAGCUCGCGGCAGACUAGUUCGCGGCGGACUAGUUCACAGCAGGCUAGCUCACAUCAAGCUAGUUUGCAGCAAGCUAGCUCACAGGAAAUGAGCUCACAACAUGGGCUGCUAAGAGAAAACAAGACAAAAGAACAAAGAACAGAAUAUACUGCACAGCUUGGAAGCUGCCUUCUCUUGGUCAGUCCACAACAGAGAUGGCAUUAAAUGCAUUUGAUGGGUUGUAUUCAACAUAGCGCUAAGGUGAACAUUCCAUCAACGCAAGGAUUUCUCCCUGUGCAACAAAACAUACCCCCCACUUUCUCCAUGCAUCCCCUAAAUCUGUGCUGGAGGUUUUCCCAACCCUCGUGAGCAGAUGCAUGGGGCAUGUGCAGAGAGAGGAACGGAAAUCCUAUUGUGCUAGUACAAGUAUUUAGUUGAAUGUCACCUUAAUGUUUCUUCCCUUUUAGCAAUAACAGUCAGUAGAAGCUUACCUCUUUAAGCCAAUAACAGUCUGGAUGGGGAUUUUCAGCAGAACUGAAGCAUGGGGAAAGGUAGCAUCCAUUCUUGCACACCAGAGUCCCAUGCCAGUGCUGCAUAUACUUAGUGGCCAUGGCAAUGGUAUAGCAACCCCUCACACAAUCAGGACUAUACACAGGAUGCGUGACUUUUCAAUGUUAGGAACUCACUACCACGUGGAAACAUUUCCAACAACUUCCACGCAACUGCCUAACUUUAGGUUUAACCCUGUCUCAAGCAGACACUAACCCCAGAUGUUAAACUAUCCAGUUAUAUAAACUCUAUGUCUUCUGGAAGUUUAAACUGAGUAGGGUUUGGAGAACAAGAAAAUGGGGGGUUGGGUCAUCAGGACUGAAGAACAUAGGGUUCUUUUACUUGGAAAGCGUGUUUCUAAUUCAGUAUCAUGCAUAGAUGAAGCUCCAUCCACUUUUUAAAAUGCUCAGUAGGUCAAGAGUAAAUUUCCAGUUUGUCAUACUUACUUAUUACAUUGCAGGG